AAUCUCAGAUUCUAAGAAAAAAAGGAAAAUGCAAAAGGGAGAGAAUAAGAGAAUAUUUGGGCAAAGAUUUUUUCUUUUUUAGAUUUGUUCAAACAAUAAAAUUCUAUCUUUGGGAAAGAACCAAACAAAAGUUAAUAUUUUUUAAGAUUUCAACAUUUUCUUCUUCUUUUAUCAUUUGUUGUGAAAAAAAAAAACAAAUCUAUUUCCUUAUAUAAUAUUCACAGAUUUAUUUUUAUCUUCUCUUUGUUAUUAGUAGGUGUUGAUCAUUGUGAUCAUCGUCUCUUCUUCUUCUUCUUCUUCGCAUACUCAUAAAUACCCUUCUCAGAAGAUAAGAGACCAGAACAAGAGUCUUUCGUGUCUGUCCUGUAAUAACGAGCCAUGUCUGAAACUCAGCAGGUUCAAAACUCUACUGAGUCAAUCCCAUCUUCCGACAAAACUGAAGAUACCUUGACGAAGGUGAAAGUUAAUGAAGAGAACAAGGAUGAACCAAGUCUGUAUCCUGAUCGUCCAGGUGAGCGAGAUUGCCACUACUUUCUGAGGACUGGCAAGUGUGGCUAUGGAAGCAGCUGCCGUUACAAUCAUCCUGUUUCUCAUGUGCCAGAGGCUGUGUUUUAUCACAGAGAGGACCUGCCUGAGAGGAUUGGUCAGCCAGACUGUGAGUAUUUUCUGAAGACAGGAGCCUGUAAGUAUGGCUCAGCAUGUAAAUAUCACCACCCUAAGGACAGGAAUGGUGCUGGACCGGUGCUGUUUAAUGCCCUCGGUUAUCCUAUACGGAAGGGUGAGAAGUCAUGCCCAUAUUACAUGCAGAAAGGGAUGUGUAGGUUCGGAGUUGCCUGCAAAUUCCAUCAUCCUCAGACUCAGACUCAUAAUGUCCAACCUACUAGCUUUCCUUCUGUUGGUAUUCCUUAUGCUGGUGGCUUGCCGCUCAUGUCUUUGCCUCCUGCAACAUAUGAAGCUAUGGCACGUCCUCAUGCUCCUCACCCUCAGGCCUAUUUGUCCUUAAUGGUUGCACCUCCUCAGGGCUGGUCUACUUACAUGGGUGGAUCUAACUCUAUUUAUGAUGUGAAAAUUAAGAUUGACUCCAGUUCUGAAAGAGCUGAGUGUAGUUUCUUUAUGAAAAAUGGGACCUGUAAAUAUGGAGAUAACUGCAAAUACAGUCAUCCAAAAGAAAGGAUGUUACCAAAUCUCUUUAACCCUGUGGUUCUCCCAGCUAGACCAGGACAACCAGCAUGUGGUAACUUCAAGGCCUAUGGAUUUUGCAAGUAUGGAGCAAGCUGCAAGUUUGAUCACCCAGUGCCAGUAAACCCAGGCUUGACCAUGCCUUCUCUGCCUACUGCUUAUGCCCCACCUGUUUCAACUCAAGUGAGGAUCACACCACCGCCAGGCCGCUCUGAUUCAACUACUGUCUCCAAUGGUGAUGAACCUGCUGCAAAGAAUAAGAGCUCGGACACUGAGAAACAAGACCGUGGACCGGACAAGUCAGAAGUGCAGGACUCAUCACAGCUAAGCCACUCUGAUUCAGCUGCCUUGUCCAAUGAGGCUGAGAAUCCAAGUUCAGAGGCUAAGAAAGAGGACGAUGAUCCUUCACCAGCUGACACCUCAGGAAAGCAGGGCUCAUCUGAUAAUGAUGCAUGAUCAUUAUUAUGAGUUUCUAACAAUCUCUGAAGAUCUUUUUUUUUGCCCUUUUUAUGAUUUUUUUGAAAGAAGGGCUUGGAUAUUUUCUAUCUUUUUCUUUUGGAUUUUUAAGACAGUCAUGGCUGAAACAAAAUAGGAAUUGAACAUUCUUUUUUUUUAAUUGGUUGAUAAAGUUUGGCUUUCAAUUAGCCAGUUUCAGAUGCUCAAUUAACCAGUUUUUCAUCUA